UCCCUACUGAUACGAUAGACUUUAUGAUCCACAAUGGGGAAAAUCGACUUGGACAAUAGAGAGUGCAGCUACUUCCACAUAAACACAUGAAUACAUGGAAUAACAGCCCAUCAUACAUCCCAGUCCCACCUAUGCAGAGGGUGAAGAGGGGCGGUCCCACAGAAACCUGAUGAAUCACACACCGGAGGAGGCAAACAGGAAGAGCAGUAGAAGUUGUUUGGCAGCAACGGAAUCAGGAGCAGUUUCAGAGAGCCCGACCAAUCCAGGGGGGCCUUCACCUCUCCACCCUAUCCCAGACCAGACCAGUCCAGACCAGACCAGUCCAGAUCAAACCAGAACGAAACCAGUUCCAACCAGACCAGACCACUCCAGACCAGUCCAGAUCAAACCAGAACGAAACCAGUUCCAACCAGACCAGACCAGUCCAGACCAGUCCAGACCAGACCAGUCCAGACCAGUCCAGACCAGACCAGUCCAGACCAGUCCAGAUCAAACCAGAACGAAACCAGUUCCAACCAGUCCAGACCAGUCCAGAUCAAACCAGAUCAAACCAGAACGAAACCAGUUCCAACCAGACCAGACCAGACCAGACCAGUCCAGAUCAAACCAGAACGAAACCAGUUCCAACCAGACCAGACCAGUCCAGACCAGACCAGACCAGACCAGAACAAUUAAGAGACGGCGUAACGGACUGAGAGAUGAGGGGCGGGGCUGUCUGACCCCUGACCCCUAACAAGGUGGUGUAACCUCUGACCCCUGACCCCUAACAAGGUGGUGUAACCUCUGACCCCUGACCCCUAACAAGGUGGUGUAACCUCUGACCCCUGACCCCUAACAAGGUGGUGUAACCUCUGACCCCUGACCCCUAACAAGGUGGUGUAACCUCUGACCCCUGUGGCUCCUCCGAUGUUCUGCAGAAAGGACAGCCUUCCCUCCCCCAGCUUGGAAGACUCCUUCUUCCCCCUCUCCUCCUCCUCCUCCUCCUCCUCCUGCCGCCAGGGUGGGAGUGGUUCCAUGGGGAAGGCGGGGUUAAAGGCGGAGCUGGAGGCGGGAUUAGAGACAGAUCUGAUCCUGGCUGCUGAGCUGGGCCAGGCUCUGUUGGAGAGGAAUGUAGAGCUGGCCGAGGCACUGACGCAGAGAGACAGACAGGUAGAGGUCCUGCAACAGGAGAAGCAUGUUCUCCAGAGGAGGCUGGAGGUGUGUGAGCUGUCGUCACAACAGAGAGAGGCGGAGCUAACCUCCGACCUCUCCUCCUCACUGGCCGAGCUGGACCGACAUCACAGCCGGGAGCAGGGCCAGAAGAAGGAGGGAAACACACAGCUGACUGAGCUGGCCAAUCACAACCACCGCCUGGUGGAAGAGCUGGCAGAGGCUGUCUCAGCAGAACACUCGUUGCGUGUGGAACUCCGUUCACUCCGAGAAGAGAUGGAAGAAUCCUCCCUCAGCAAAACCAUUAGUUCUACACAACUAGACAGCACACAAGCAGAGAACAGGGUGUUGAAGGAGAGGCUGGGAAACAUGGAGGAGCAGUUGAGGUUGUGGCAGGAGGACUGUGAUAGGCUGAGAGGAGAGAGGGAGAGGCAGAGAGACAGACUGACAGAUCUACAGACCAAUCUGAGAGAGAGAGAAGCCCAGUUGGAGCAGGAACAGAGUGUGGUGUUUGAGUUGCGGACACUGAGCCGUUCUCUAGAGCGGAGAGUCCAGAGACUGGAAGAGGACAGCAGUCUGGACGACACACACACUCACACACACCCUCUGUCCCUGCUCAGUGAGAUACAGCAGACUCAGGCUACAGAGGCCCUGUUGGCCCACUCUACCAUCCUACAAGACAAAGACCAGGAGAUAGACACACUGAGAGAAAAGCUGUGCUCCAGAGAGGCGGAGCUUGGUUCUCUGAGGGAGGAGCUACAGUCAUUCAGGAGCCAAGGAAAACCCAGCUACAGUUCCCUGGAGAGCGAGGUGUGUAAGGUGCGAGCGGAGAGAGACAGUCUGAACCAGCAGCUGCUGAACACCAUUCAACACAAGGUGGUGCUGUCGCAGGAGGUCGAUGCAUGGCAGGAGGACAUGCGGCUGCUGAUAAGUCAGCAGGUGCAGCAGCAGGCGGAGGAGAAAGAGAGAGAAAAGGAAUGAGAGAAAGAGAGCAAGAGGAAGGGGCUGCAGAGAACCCGCUCCAUGAGAGUCAGAGGAGAGAGAGGGAAAGGAUUCUUCUCUUCUCUCUUUAAAGGGGAUGAAUAAGAGAUGGAGGGACAGAUAAACGGGGGAGAGAGGGAAAGAGAGGACAGGUAUUUGAUGUAAAUAUUGAAAUUUAGAUCACAUGGUUAAACAUUAAGAUAUUGAGUUUAUACUGUAAUGUUUUACACAUUCGAAAGUCUCUCAGCCUAUCACACAAUGUUAUGCAAAUGAGUUCCUGUAUGUGAGGAUACUGGGAGGAGUUUUUGGUGAGGCGUUUGUGCGGCGGGUCAGUGCUGGUGUGCACUGUCUGUUCAUCCAAAUAAAUUAUUGAUUAUUUUAUGGGAAAUCAGUGUCCUAGACUGUUUACACUAGUCAACAAACUAUAUGCGCAUGUCGGUGGCCUUACAGGCUCGUUACAAUACUAUACCACGCCCUGGUAAUGUGGAGAAUGUUAUCCUGUGUGUGUAUUUAGAAUGUUCUACUGUGUAUAUUUAGAAUGUUCUACUGUGUAUAUUUAGAAUGUUCUACUGUGUAUAUUUAGAAUGUUCUACUGUGUAUAUUUAGAAUGUUCUACUGUGUAUAUUUAGAAUGUUCUACUGUGUUUAAUAUACAGUGCCUUGCAAAAAUAUUCAGCCCUAUUGGAUUUCUGACAAUGAAAUACAUUUUUUCAUCCCACUUUGUAACACAAUAAAAUAUGAAGAAAUCCAAGGGGUCUGAAAACAUUAUGCAAGGAACUGUAUAUACAGUACAUUCAUGAAACUAUUGUGUUUAUAUACGUCUAUACACUACCGUUCAAAAGUUUGGGGUCACUUAGAAAUGUCCUUGUAUUUGAAAGAAAAGCACAUUUUUUUGUACAUUGAAAUAACAUUAAAUUGAUCAGAAAUACAGUGUAGACAUUGUUGUCAAUGACUAUUGUAGCUGGAAAUGGCAGAUUUCAGAGGCCCAUUAUCAGCAACUAUUACUCCUGUGUUCCAAUGGCACGUUGU